ACUAGUAUAUUUAACUAGUUAAAAGUGAACUUCCUGAGAAUUUCCAGGUGGUUUCCUUGUAACAGUGCUUCUAUGAUAUUUUAAUUUUGGUUGAUGAUAGUACUUAUUGUUGAGGAGUCAAAUUUAUUGUUUUCUCAAUAGGAUUUUAGUACUUUUAUAUUAAUAUCUUUAUAUCUUUAUAAGAUAUAUAAUUCGAAGAUGGUGUAUAUAUAUAAUAUUAAACUGUUAAAAAGAAUCAUAGGUCUUUUUUAGUUUAUAUCAUAUAAAAUAAUAUUUUAUACAUCUUUAUCUGAUUAUGGGUGUAAAUCAAUUAAUAAUAUUUACUGUGUGGCAAAUAAAAGUAAAUAUCUACCGCAAUUAAAAGUACUUUUUUCAUUCGUUGUCGUAUCCAUCUGUCCAUAAAUACAAGACAACAGCAGUUAGCAGCUGGCAACCGCAAUAAUGUCUGUUGUGGACAAAAUUAAGCAUUAUCAGCGAAGUAUUGAAAAAUGCGAUGAUAAUGGAGAUAGAAUGUUACAUUGUAUUUCAAAAUUAUCCAAUUUGCCUGUGACGGUACAACAUCUUCAGGAAACUGGCGUUGGACGAACAGUAAAUGCUUUGAGAAAAUAUGAAAAUGGUGUAGGAGAUGCUGCUAAAGCAUUAGUUGCAAAAUGGAAAGCAAUGGUUGCUAGUGAAGAAACUAGCGAAGGUGAAGAUGAGGAUGAAGCAUGUGUCCCUGAUGCACCUGAAAGUUACAGUGACGGUCAUGAAUCUCCUCAGUCUGAAGAAAAUUUUGAAAGACAUAAAACCAAGGAAAGUGAAAAACAUUUACACAGGCAUAAAGUGGAAAAAGUUGAAGCUUUAAAUACAUCACAUAAUAAACAUGCUUCUAAACAAGAAUCUAAACAAAGAUCUGACAAAACUCAAGUAAAACGUAACAGUGAUGCAGUUAAAAGUUCUAGCAGUGAAUCAGAAAAGCAAAAGAAGUAUGAUAAAGAUAAACAUAGUCAUAAACAUCAGUCACGAAAUGAAAAAGAUUCUUUAAAAGAUAAUAAAAGUGCCUCCAAGAAAGAUGAAAUCCAUGGGUCUAAACAUCACAGUCAAGCUAAGCCUGAAAACUCAGAAAAAUGCUCUAACAAAUCUACUGAUAACAACAGUUUACAUAAAAGUAAUGAAGAAAAUUAUAAGAAACGGAAAAGUGAAAAUUCCAGUAGUAUAAGAAAGGAAAAUAAACGAAGAAAAAAUUCAGAGAGUGAAAAUGAUGAAGUUAAAAUUCAAACACCUACUACUUCUGAGAAGCAUAACAGUCAUAGUGCAUCUAGUACAAUUAAAAUAAAAGAAGAGCCCAAAAAUAAAGAAGGUACAAAUAAGAAUGAGACUAAGCACGAGAAAAAAGAUUCCCAAGAAAAAUUAAAAGCAAGCUCUAGUAAACAGAAAAGUGAAUCAACAAGUAGCAAGUUGAAAGAUAAUGGAGAGAAAAAUAAAUAUAAAAAUGAUAAUCAAACAAGUCAUAAUAAAGAUGAGUCCAAAAAAAUUGAUAGUCAUCAUUCCAAUAAAGAUUCUUCAGAGUCAAAGCAUCGUAAUAGUUCCUCUAGUGAUAAGCAUUGUGAUAAAAGUAAAGAUAAAAGUAAAAAGAAAGAUCAUAAAGAAGAAAAAAGUAACAGCAAAAGUAGUAAAGAUUUAAAGCAUGUCAAGGUUGGGUCAAAGGAAUCAAAAGAAUUAGUUAAAAUUAAGCAAGAAAUUAAUGGAGGCGAAGGAAUAGAUUGCAAUUCUGGUGCUAGUUUUGCUGAGGCACUUGGUAUGUGUACAAUAGCUCAGCCAUCUAGGAAGCGUAUUAACAAUUCUGCAAGCACAAGUUCCACAAAAACGGUUAAAGUAGAUCCACCAACUACACCUACUAAAAAGCCAGUAGUGAAAACUGAACCAAUAAAUACUGACCCUUUACAACCACCUCCUCUUUUAUCAUCAAAUGUGAAACUGGAACCAUUAAGUGUAGAUUUGGCAUCUACACUACCCGAAAUUAGUCCAAAUUAUAAACCACUGCCGUAUGUUAAUCCUGUUCUUCGUAAAGAGGAAGAUAAAUUACUUACAGACGUAAUAUGUGUUAAAAAUCAAAGGACGAAAGUAUAUUCAGGAAAUAAAUCCGGCUAUUUAACUGUACCAUCUCUAUUUGAAAUGUGUAUACAAGUACUAAUAGAAAAUAUUGAUGCACUUGAAUUUACUGGUGGAGUGCCUUUUGAUAUCAUAAAACCUGUGUUAGAGCGUGCAACACCAGAUCAACUGUUCAUGUUAGAACAUUAUAAUCCUUAUUUAAUCGAAGAUACUGAUCGUUUGUGGGAGUUCCACUGUAAUCGUCAGUUUAGAAACAAAGAAAGAGAAGAGAUGGAAACAUGGCGUGAGAUGUACAUGCGCUGUUUGGAUGAGAGAGAAGCAAAGCUAAAAACGCUCACGGCUAAUAUAAAACAAUCAAUUGAUAAAUCUCUCCCUGUAAGAUCUACAAAACUUGCAUAUGUAGAUAACGUUGUCAAACCUCCGAGGAAUGUAUUGAAAAAACAAGCUAAAUAUGGAACUGCAAAUUCUGUACCCAGCACUACAUCUAGUUUAAAGAACAAAUUAAUUAGUGGCGGAGGCCCUACAUCUGCAACAAAUAUAUCUGUCCCACCACCACCUAUAUCUCGUGCAAAAACAUCUUCUGGUAGUAUGAAGAAAACAAAAGCACCUCUAAUGGCAAAAGCUCUACAAUUAAUAAAAGGACGUUAUAAGCGGUAGUUUCUACAAUUUUUAUUAACAAUUGAUUAUUUAAGUAAAUUAUGUAUCAAUUUAUAAUGCAUUUUGCGUUUAUGCACAUGUAUCAUAAUGAUAUCAGUCAUAUCAGUUUGUACGUUUGGUUACUUCGUUAACUGACAAAAGUGUGUACUUUGAACAAAAUGUAUUAAAAAGUAUACCUACUGCAUAGGUACUCCAAGAGUUUAACCAUUUGAUCAUAUAUAUAACGACAGUAUGUGAAAAUAAUUGUGCAGUGCUUUUAAAUCUAUUAUAAAUGUAAUCGGAUUCAUAAAUUGUACAGGUAAGGAAAUCAGAAUUUUUUGAUAAUUAAGGGGUUCAGGGAAUGAUGGUGUCAUUUUACAAAUGUGAGAUUUGAUUUAAUUAAAUCAAGUUUAAAGUAUUUCUGUAACAAAUAUAACUUAUGUAACAUACAUUUCGCAUCCUCUUUGUAUUUUUUUAUUCUAUGAUAUAAUAUAAAACAAUAAAAUAAGGAGUAUAUGAAUGAACAUCAUGUAUCACUUUCAGUUAUAAUAAUAAUUGAAUUCUAAAAAUGUUAUACAAUGCUUUCAUUCUCUGAACUCUUCAAGUUAUACAUGAGUUUGAAGAAUUAAAAAGAAAUAUGUGAUGAAUUGUGACAUUCUGUAUUCAAAAAAGUGAUAACAGGCUUAAUAAUUUAAAUUCCCCAGAAAUAAAACUUAAAUCAAAUUCAACUGACAACUAUAAAAUACACGUGAUCACUGUGCUACAUUAUAUUUUGUUUGGUAAUGUUUGUUAAUGUAAAAAAGUACCUAUUUAUACACAAUUUCUAGUUGUGUAUAUGUUAAAUAUAACCCAUUUGUUGCUGUGUCUCAUAAGAUUACUGUUGUAAAUAUUUAUUUAUGAAGAAGUAUAAAACAGAAGAAUAACAGAAUAAAUACCUUAUAACCAGAAGAGAAUAAAUGUGAACCAUUGAUGAUAUUGAGCAUUAUAAAUCUACAUAAAGAUGGAACAUGUUAAUAAAACAUAUAAUUAUACAUUGAAGAAUACUUUCUUAAUUGUAAUGAAAAUCAAUUAGGAUUGAUAAUGUUUAGAAAAUUAUAAUGUUAAAUUAUUUUAGUAUCUAGAAAUAAGCUGCAUUCAAAAAGUUUUCAGAGGGUUCCUUAGCGGAUCACACAUCUGAGAAUUUGUGGUCAUAAUUUAAAGAUAUUAAAAAUGAUUUAAAGAUGUAGGUGGACAAAUAUACAAGUAAUAAAAAGUAAAAAUAUUAAUAUUUUUGUAAGAUUUUCUUUGAGUAACAGAUCAUAAUUAAGUGAUUGUGUAAAAUUAAUGUUAUUUUUAUCCGUAAUAUGCAUAAUUUAUUCGGAAUUUAUAAUGGAAUAUAUAAGUUUAAUGUAGACUUUGAUUUUUUAAAACAUAUUUCGUGUUGAAAAUAAGUAACCUGUCAGCUUCAAUCAUAAAUAUAUGAUUUAACAUGUUGACUGCUAAACCAAACAUUUUAUAUAAGAUGUUACUUGUAUGAUUACCGGCAUAUAUAAAAAGGAAUUUAAUCAUAUUUAUGAUAUUAAUCAAUAUUAUUUUGCAAAAUGGAAGUAUUUUAAACGGGUAAUAUUUCUAUUCAAUUAUCAUUUUCCAAACGUAAAACAAAUAAUAGAUGAUAUUUGGAGCAUUAUUACUUCAUGCAAUAGGGUAAUUUAAUUACUUACCAGUGAAUAUGAAUAUGUACUUGAAUAAUUAAAGCAUCAUUUCAAAUUAUAUAAGUUCGGUCGGUUUUUAUACAUUUCCUUAUACAUUUCUGUAUAGCUGACAUUAUAGCAUGUGUAGUGCCGGCUUUGAACAGGGUUUUAUUAUUAGGGUUUUGUUGAAAUCUGCGAGAUAUGGUAAAGAAUAUAUUUCUUUAUGCAUAGCACGUUUAAAGUAAUUGUACGUAUAUAUUUUAAUAUAAAACUUGAUUUUUUAUAUAAGUUUAAGUAUAAUUAUAUAUAUCUUUUCCAUAUAAAAACUCAAGUUUGCAGCUUAGCUAUAUUGAAAUGACCGUUAGAGGUAUAUAUUACAAUCAACAUGUUAAAUAAUCAUUUGGAAUGUGUUUUAGUAGAGAUAGUAUAUUUGGAGAAAUUUAAUAUGAUUUUUUUUAUUGAAAGAAUGAAUAUAGUUGAAUAUAUUCUACGCCGUUUUAUUUACGAAAAUUCUAACUAUUGAAUUGCAGUAUACCUAUAAUAAUGUACAUAUAUACGCAGUAUAUUACAGUGAUAACAAUUUUAUCGCAUACAGUACUGUUUUAUUUAUUGUGUAAUCCAUAAUUGUGUAUCAAAUAAGUAUCAAAUUCCAUUUUAUAAAUGAAACAAAAAUAGUUUUUUGAUUUCAUCUAUUUAAUACCGAAUAAAUUUGGAUACAUUCCCGGAAUGUAAAACAAUUAAAGAAGAUAAAAAAGUAUGUCACAAAUAAUUUUAUAUUUGUUGUAUGUAAUAAACUGUGGAUGUUUAUGCAAAUGUCCAAUUUUAGAUAUUAAUUUAUAAAAAGGAUAAUUAGUCAGAACUUUAUUUGCUAUAUGACGGGUUUUAUUGUAUUUAUAAUAUACAUAUAUACAAUGCUAAACUCCAUUACAAUUUUUACUUUAUUACGUUUUACCGUCUAAGGAACAUUGUAAAUGCAUAAACAUCCGCAGUAUAGAAAUAAGCUAAUAUUGCAAAAAAAGACAUAUGUAUAUUGUAAUUAAAAAAAAUUAAAAAAGCAGCUGAAAACUAAA